UAAUCUACAUUGUGAUACUAAAUGAGAAUCUACUCAUAAUUGUCUUGGUGACAACCAUCGACCAUCUCAAGUUUCCGAUGUUCUUCUUCAUAAAACACUUGGCCAUAGCUGAUGUGAUAUUUCCUACCAUCAUUGUUCCAUUAAUGCUGGAUGUUAUAUUAAAAGACAAAAGAGGAGUAUCUGUAGCUGGAUGUAUAAAUCAACUACACUUAUGUGGUGUUUCUGGAUUUUCACAAUGUUUUCUUCUCGCCGCGAUGUCCUAUGACCGAUAUGUGGCCAUCCUCAAACCAUUACGCUACAGUUUAAUAAUGAAUCCUAAU